AUGGCCGCACAACCCAGGAGGGAAACUGAGCAACCACCAACGAAUGGUCCGACUGCUCUUCCGUCGCUGCCAGAACCAUACUCGGCUUUUUCGGUGAACCGCAGGAGGUUCAUUCUAGGCGUUGUUACAGCGGCGGGCUUCUUUGGCCCACUAUGCGGAGCUGUUUACUUGCCUUCUCUGAAGAUCUUCGAGAAGAUCUUUAAUGCAUCGGAGACUGCGGUAAACGGUACAGUCUCAAUGUAUAUGAUGGUGUUCGCCAUUGCCCCUCUCUUCGGUGCUGCUGCCUCAGACUUAGGCGGAAGGAAAACAGUAUACAUGGUCGGACUCGGCAGUUUCCUCGUCGCGAACACCCUACUUGCUGUGCUGCCACCACAUAUCGCGGAGCUGUACAUUCUCCGUGUCUUCCAGGCAUUCGGAUCCUGUAUCGUCUUCUCCGUCGGAGCCGGUACCGUUGCUGAUAUCACUGAGCCUGCCAAACGUGGAACCGCUUUAGCAUGGUUUUUGAUGGGACCUCAGCUUGGUCCUGUCCUUGGUCCGCUCAUUGGUGGUGCACUCGCGGACGAGAGUAGAUGGCGAUGGAUAUUCGGUUUCCUCUCGAUCGCGAGUUUUCCGGUAUAUCUCCUCAUCGUCUUCUGUACGCCAGAGACAUUGCGAUCGCUGGUAGGCAACGGCGCACCUGUCGCAAACCAGCCUUGGUUUACGAUACCCAAGUUCCGGACACAGCCUUGUACAGACUCGAGAGCUCCGAAAGCUCCCCGUCCAACGCCCCGAAAGUUCCUGCAUCUUCUUAAAUACCCUCCACAUUUGAUCGUUUCCUUCAACGGAGCUUUCCAAUUUGCUGGACUGUAUGCCAUUUUCAUCUCGUUUGCCACCAUUUGGCAGGAGGGCUACGGUUGGACGGCAGCAGAGACUGGGUAUGCCUAUAUAUGUCCUGGUAUUGCGAUGUUCGUCGCUUCGAUGGUCGUCGGUCGACUUUCCGACUGGAUGCGAAAGAGGGCUCUUGCGAAGAGCUCCACUGGCAAGGUUGCACCUGAGCGAAGAAUUACCAUCCAGAUCUUUGGCUUCGUCAUCGCUGCGGCUGGUAAGAUUAUGUUCGGCUGGUUUGCGCUCGCUCACUUUCACCCCGCCGCGGUCCUCUUCUGUACGGCUCUGGCUGCAAUCGGAAUGUCUAUCAUCUUCGUCACUAGUACAUCCUUCCAGACUGAGUGCGACCCUGGCCAGGCGGCCAGUCUGGUGGCUUUGGCAGGAUUCAUGCGCAACAUGGCUGCCGCGAUCUCCUCACUGAUCAUGGCCAGCAUUUUGGAUGCAAUGGGUUGGGGUUGGGCGUUCACCGGUCUGGGAAUCAUAGAUCUCCUCUGCAUACCAGGGAUUAUAUUGAUCAUCUUCCGAGGCCCGAAGUUUCGACAGGAGUUGGAACGUGGACAGCAGCCAAAGAAAUAA